CUUUAAUUACUCCGUACACGGCUUCACAACAGCGAUGAGAUGACUCGAACAACAUGGGACGCGUUAUUCAAGAUUCGGAUGAUGAGAAUGAGCUUCCAAGCCCUCUUGCUCAACGAGAGGACAUAUCCGGUGGGGAAAAGAACGUUGAAUUGAAAAGCUCUUCAGGUAUUUCAUAUGACACCGAAGAUUCACACAUGCUUAAUUCUUCAGUUGAGCUUCUGCGAGGAAUCCAAGCAGCUCAGAAUGAGCUGGCCACAUCUACGAAAGCGUCAAAGAUUGGCAAUACGGGAGAUAUGCCGGGAGAGAGAAUGGGCAUCCUAAUGAGCUCCAGCAGGCGAGAACAGGCAAAGAAAAUCUCCAACAGUUCUUGCAAAUAUUCAGAAACACUGGCAUCCGAAAAUUCAGAAUGUGUCGAGGCACUGAGAUACGAGAAUUCCCACAUUCGUCGUGAAAUUAAAGACGACUGGCUACCCUCGACCCUUCAACAUGACUUUGUUGAACACAAUCCAACUGUCUUGUUCUCGGAGCAAUCAAGUACAAUCCCUGACAACACCAUGAGCCAACAGCGCAUGAUUCAGCAAGCUUUGGUGGCGAAUAUGCCUCCGGAAUUUCUCACACAGGACAAGAAAAAUCCCACACAAAACAGCGAUUCCUCUAUUCCGUGGUCAGCCUAUAAAGACAGCCCCAAGAAGACUCAAGCUUCAUCACCUGAAAAGCGAAGCAGCUCAAGCAUCCCAUCAGUUGUCCAAUCUACUUCAAGCUCGAAGCGGCGAUCUCAGACUGUCGACGUCUGUGGAAGUGAUUCUAAGCCCGCGUUAUGUAAAUCACAAGAUGAGGGAGUCUUCAAUGCGAAUACAUCGGUUCACGAGUCCAAAGUUCCCUCUCAAGAAAAUCAAGUGAUGAUGGCCGCAAGUCCAAAAACUAGAGAAAUAGAUCCAAAUUUGGUUCAGCGACCUUCUCAGGCAACGUAUGAUCAGCCGAAUGCAGACUCUCGAGGAAAGGCCGAUGAAUCCAAGACAGACAGCAUGAAGUCCAAAAAUAUCAAGACUUUCGACACGGAAGCAUUGGAACUUGAAGCUGAUGAGCUAUGUCUUGAUAUACCUAGAGAACAAUCCAAGUUUCGUGCUCUCAGAUCAAAGUCGACAGUUGCGACUGAGAAUGACCAACUGAGAACUGAGGAAGAGGCACUAGGUCCAAGGACUAAACGAAGGAAGACCACCCACGAAACCUUUUGGACGAGCACUCAACACCUUGAAAGUUCUUCUUCAGUUCUACCGUUGGCCAGCCGUUAUGAGACCCUCGAAAGAGCUACAAUUUAUCCGAGUCAGCCCAAUAAAAUAGACGAGAUUCAUGUGAUAGCAGACAAGGAGAACCAUUCUCCUUCGACACAAUAUCGCCCCGCAGAAGCCUCCAAGAUCUCUAAAUCAAAUUCAAGGUCUCCAUUCGUUGAGGUUCCUGUCGCUCCUACAAAUGGAACCGACAGGCAUACCGCUCAGAUAGAUGAGUUGAUACCCAACGCUACUACAACUACCCCAGCUUCAUCAUUACAUCCAACACUUUCGCCUACAGUUGCAAGUUAUAGAAAGGCCAAAGCAGGCAGAAGCCAUACAAUUGCAAUUCCAGUCCACUCCCAGCGCAAAAGCGUCGUCGACUCCGACGAAUCGGAGAUAGAACUCUCUCCUGUAAAGGCAUCUGCGACUAAUUUUGGCCUCUCAACCAAAGCUCCUGAUGCGGCUUCCAUGUUGGGGAACCCCCAAGCGACACGGAGCAAACGAAAAGUUGGCUGUUCACGCCAAGUGAAUGCAACAGAUUUAGCAGCUGCCGAUGCAGAAUACCAUGAUCAAGAAACAAGCAAAUAUGAGUCCGGCGAGAAGAAUCACGAGAUCAAAACUGCGAGCUUUUCAGAAAAGCUGAAGUAUUCAGAAACCAACUCUGACCACAGUAGCAUUGUAUUAAAAAUUUCUGGUGAAGAGACACCGCCAGCUCCAUCAAUUCGAAGUCAUGAGCUAGCUGAGCAACAGGUUAGCGAUCACGUCAAGACGCCAGAGAGCAAAUCAUUGACGGUGAAAUCUUCAAGUCACUCACCUCUCAAUAGAGGUAAAGUACUGUAUCGCGUCGGACUUAGUAGACGUGCACGAAUUGCUCCUCUCCUGAAGAUAACAAGGAAGUAGCUCUGUUUUAAAUUGCGAUUCUAUCGCAAUUAAGCUAUUUACAAGACAUUUUGUGUUGUAUCACCAUUGCUCUGGCACGCCGCGAGGGAGAGAAUUCUGAGAAACUCAUGACGCAUUUUUGAUACCCACUAAUGAGCUAUGAUUGCGCAUACUUAAUCAAUCUGAUGAC